AUGGGCUGGGCCGACGACGAGGGCGGCGGCGACGCGAAGGCCGGCGCCAAGGACGAGCCGCGGCGGCGCCCGCGGCGGGCCUCGGACGAGCCCGCCGAGGCCAAGGACGCCGGCCCGCGCCGGCCCCAGAAGUCCGAGAACGCCUGGGGCUCUUCCUCUACCGGAAAGAGCUCUUCUACGAGGCGCGACGACGACAGUGAUGGGGAACCGCGGCGGAGGAAGCGCCUCGCCGACUCCGACAACGAGGGCGAGACGGAAAUUACGAUGAUUAUUCCGGACCUCGACGAGCAGGCGGAAGAGGACAUCACUUUACAAGUCGCCGAAGCUCCUAGGAAUCGUACGAUCAAAUUGCCUACUCUAGCUGAAUUGAACGCGGACCUCGCUGCUCACUCAAUAAUCCCGGUCAAGCCCGGUGAAAAAAGGCUGGAUCUAUCAUUGUUAAAUAACCGGCUGGUGCCACCUGCUAUGGUGAAGGAGAACACCGAGGACUGGACCUGGGACGGGCUGCUGCGAGAUGUCGCUCGAGACUUCCAGGAGGAGGCCGAGCGGAAUCAAGUGAUGAGGGAGAAGAAAUUAGCGUUCGAGCAGAAGUUCGCUACGAAGUCUGAAGAUACGGGCGAAGCUUUGUUGAAAAGACAAGCCAAAGGUGGGAGACGGGCCGCGCCCAAGCCGAAGAAAGAAGAGGGUAAAGAGGACAAGGAAGAACCGAAAACUGCCGAUACAGCUGAGCUCGAUAAAGCGCUGGGCAAGAAGGAGAAGAGCGCCGCGAAGGGCGGUAGAAGGGCUCGCAAAAGGGACCCCGAGCCCGAGGCCAAGCCGGCGCCGAAGGAGGACUCCGAUAGUGAUGAUGGCGACAUCGCGAUGCAAUCGGAGGCGAAGUAG